CUUCCUGUCUUGGUGAGGAGCUGUGAACCAAUGGGAAAGCAGUGGUGAGGAUGCAACUGUGAUCCAGGAAAAAACAGCCCAUUGUUCCUGGGACGUCAGAGAAGUGUGACCUGCUUCUGGCCGGCUCCGUCUGCUUAGCCCAACGGCGCACUGACAGGUCACAAUGAGUGGGGGGGUCAACGUGAAGUCAGUUCCCCGUGGGCCUCCCUCAUCAGGAAUACCCCUCCCUCGCAGUCUUCUGCCUUCCUCUCCUAAAACAGAACCACGCCGCCGGGCGAGUGACCUGCCCAAGCCCUCGAAACAGACCCCUAAGCACACGCCAGCGAACACACCUGCACACUCCCCGUCACUUUGUCCAAGAAACUCCAGUAUCCCUGGGCCUUCCUCCACAGAUGCCCUGAGAGAUGCCUGCCUUAAAAGUCAGCUCUUCCAGCGAACCGGAGCUCUUCCAAUUCCCCAGGUGUCAAGAUCUGCCUACAGCAGCCCGCUGACCCAGCGCCGAGUACAUCCGCCACACUCCAAAGACACGCUAGACCUGGGAAAAUCGCAAAUCCUCUCCCAAUUACCCCAGGAUGGCAAUCGCAACAGAAGCACCUUUGCAAAUAAGAAUCAAGCGUAUGGAGCCGGCAACCUACGUCCACCGCUCAGUUUUAGCAGAGGAGACAAUUCAAACAUUGUAACCCAAGCAACGGCUGAUGCGAUACCAGGAAGGAAGGAAGAGCCUCCAAAAAACCAUCCAGCCAAAUCUGUCAUACUCAGCAACUGUAACAUUCGGCCCACUCUUCUUUACUCAAACCAGCACACCAUCAGAGAUCAUAGUGACUCUGGCAGCCAAUCAGAUGAGGAAAUGGGAACUCCUGAGGAUAGCAGUCCAGCUUCCUCUCCUCUUCCCUUACCGCUGCCAGCUAUCACAUUUACCAUGCCAGUAACAUCCAAGCAGGUUGUUGAUACACAGGAUCGGGAGGCAACAUCUGAAGAGACACACAUACCCAGAGUCAACAUGGCUGCUGUGGCUCCCUUCAGUCACAGGCUGCAGGCACAAGUGAGUGAAUUUUCUGUGGACGAACUGAGUGACUGCUCAUCUGGAUCCAUAGAAGUCUGCUGUGAUGACCUGACACCAGGAGGGAUGCUGGAGGCUAAUGUGGCUAACAUUAGCAUGACGGCUAAGCCCAGAGAGCUGGACCUCAGGUCUGCUGCUGUCCCCUGCCAGGAUACUUCAUCCCAGGCCAUGGCAUCAAGGAAACCACCCGCCAAGCCCUCUGCUCUGCCCCAGGGGCCUGUGCGUCCCUCUGGGUCAGAGCUCAAGGUCUACCGGCCCACCUCCGGAUCUAUCCCCAUUCCAAUCCCCAGUCAGUCCGGGCUUCGCAAACAGCGUUCACUCAGCAACUUGUCUGUGCUCACCGAUGCUGAGAAGAAGCUGCACCUGUACCAGUCUACCAGGUGGAAUGAUGACACGAGCCGUCCUGGCACUGUGACCAACAAAGCGGGGCAGAGUAAGGCAGGUCAAGCUGGUGGUGGGAGACCACCACUGUCCCGGACACUUUCAAAGUCAGAACAGUCUCUCUUUCAGGGGAAGCCAAAGUCUUUCUGCUCCCCUUCUGUGACUUCUAAUAUAGGCAAGCCAAGUCGAAUCCCUGCACCUGGCAAACCACGGGGACCUUAUGCUGAGGUCAAGCCAAUUAGCAAGGCCUCUGAGACAGCCCAGAAUGCAGAUACAGACCCAGCUGAUCACCCAACCAAAGCAAACUCCAAUGGAGCUGGGACUACUGGAACUAAUGGCAAGAAACUAGGGGAGAAAUCCAAACCUGCGGCUCUGUCAGCGGAGGAAAAGAAAGAGAGGAAGGGGAUGGAGGGUGAGGACGAUAAGAGCUUUUUAAAGGUGGAUCCAGAGUUAGUGGUUACAGUCUUGGGAGACCUGGAACAACUGCUGUUCAGCCAAAUACUGGACCCAGAGUCCCAGAGGAAAAGGACGGUGCAGAAUGUUCUGGACCUUCGACAGAACCUGGAGGAAACCAUGACCAGCCUGAGAGGCGUGCAGCUCAGCCACAGCUGUGCAGAGGGGACUAUGUGCUACGACAGCGAUGAAGCCGCUGCCUUCUCAGUUUCCAGUCUGUCUAAUCGUUCCUCUCCGCUGUCAUGGCGUCAGGGUCAAGCUAGCCCUCGUCUCCAAGCUGGUGAUGCUCCGUCCACGGGUAACGCCCACUCAGAAGUGCCCCUCAGGAUCAGCCACGCAUCUCGUAUCCACCUUAUCGAAUCCCUGGACGACUCCAACCCGACCCUCCUGAAGGGAGAUUACCUCAGCGACAGUGACCUCGGCGGGAAGAGCCCAAAUGAAGAUGAUGACGAAGAUGAUGAUAUUGAUGAUCUGGGCAAUGGUUGGGAUGAGAGCAGCUCCAUCAGCAGUGGACUGAGUGACGGUUCAGACAACCUGAGCUCUGAAGAGUUCAACACAAGUCCCACUCUCAACUCUCUUCCUACCACUCCCAUUGGCUCCCGCAGAAACUCAAGCAUUGUGAUGCGUACAGAUGCAGAGAAGAGAUCUCUAGUGGAGAGCGGCCUGUCCUGGGACUCCGAUGAUAACAAACCCAGCCGCAAGAGCCAGGGCAGCAGCAUCUACGAUACAGGAAGCCUCAAGUCCGAAUCCGCUAAUAAAUGGAAGAAAACCCGGCUGCAAGGGGAGGGGCCGGAAGGUGGGAAGGGUGAGCUGAGAAAACCUCAAACCCUGGGUCAAGGAAAUGUGUUGAAGAAAGGAAGAAACCCACCUGUGGGAGUCACUUCCCCAAUCACACACACCUCUCAAACUGGGCUGAAAGUGGCAGGUACCGUGAAGUCUGAUGGGAAGCCCAUGGAUAAGUCCCGUUUAGCAGUGAAGACUUCAAGUCUUCAGCGCUCCUCCUCUGAUGCUGGUAAAGACCAUCGAAAUGGCACCGGAGCUGCUGAGCAGCGUAAACCUCCAUCCGGCCUGGUCAGGCCCUCCACUGGUGGAAACUUUGGCUUCAAGAAACCAGCAGCAGCUACCAGUAAUAGCACAAACAACUCAAGUCCGCCCAGUGUAACAAGUGCAGUUAGCAGCGGCAUACCCAGCGGUUCUGCAACUGUAGGGAAAAUUCCCAAAACGUCAGGUAUCCCUGUGAAGCCAGGUGCUGGUGGUGGAGGACGAAAGACAAGUCUCGAUGUUUCGAGCAGCGAUCAGAGUGGUUUCCUGUCUCCAAAUGCCAGAACGUCUCUGCAGUACCGCUCUCUGCCCCGCCCCGCAAAAACGAGCACCCUGACUUUAACACGGCCGAGCUCAGCUCGCCCGGUGAGCACCACCAUGGACACCGGCUCUGGACUCAUCAAACCCUCCGUCGCAGCAUCACAGGGCUCAAGGCUCAAAGAGCCGGGCUCUGGACACGGUUCUGGAACAGGACUGAGUAAACCAGGAGGACGUGGCAUCCCCAGUCCUGUCAAUCAAACAGACAGAGAGAAGGAGAAGGAGAGAGCCAAAGCUAAAGCUGUGGUUUCUGACUCUGAGUGUGGGGGAGGGUCAAUGAAGGGAAGUCCUGCUCAGACCCCAUCAGAGAACGGAGGGAAAGUACAAGGGCUGAGGCCCCCCAGCAGCAGCAAGGGCAUGGAUCUCCCAUCUCCCAGCACACACAGGUUGUCUGGAGUGCGUAGCCUGGCAAAGCCUCCAUCGAUGGCUCAGCUCGACAAGCUGAACUCAAACAGCCUGGACACUGAGGUUCGGGACACUUUGCCUCCUAAGAUUCCUCCUUACUCUAAGCUUCAAGACCUCUCUGGUUCAGCAGGCAACUCCACUAGUUCUUGCCUGACCCCCAGCCCUGCCCCUGUACUAAAUGUGAACUCUUCAGCCUGCUUUUCCAGUUCUGGCAUAGGUUUGGGUCCCAGGCAGGUCACGUCCCUCGGGGUAGAAAGCAAUGAAGGGAGAACCUCUCCCCUGCUCUACCCUCGGAUGUCUGGGCUGCAUCGUAGCUUGGAGUCUCUGCCACUUCAGAUGAGCCUGGCCCCAGAGCCCCAGGAGAGAGAGGAGUAUAAAGGGGGGGAGAAUUUGACGAGAGGCUACACCACCUUAGAGUCCCGAGUCAAAGAUAGACACGAUGACAGCGGCCAGCCCUCUAGCUGGACACCCGGAAGUAAAGUCUCACUGACUCCCACAGACAGCUCUCAGAGAGACAGAAACACGCUGCCAAAGAAAGGUUUAAGUUUCAGCAGUGCCUCCCAGAUCGAGGAGGAUGGGAAGGAGAAAGGAGAGAGGAGGCACUCUCAUACUAUUCUCAGUAUGACCGACUCGCUCGCUCUUCCACUGCUGUCGUCACCCACCUCCCUGCCCCGAACCUCAAAGACCAGCAUGGUGCCGAGCCCGGUGGGCGGCCCGCCGAGGAUGACUCGAUCCAACAGCAUCCCGACACACGAUGCCUCUAUGGAGCUGUACGGGGCAUCGCCUCUGGGCAGCACGGUGUCACUGGCUGAACGUCCCCGCAGCAUGGGAAUGGUUCGCUCCGGAUCCUUCAGGGACAGGGAGUCGAAUGAAGAUGUUCAUGGCUCUGUACUCUCCUUGGCCUCCAACUCAUCAAGCUACUCUUCGGUGAGUUUGGGCAGCAUGCAGACUCAGGCUGAGGAAAGGAUCCAGGGAGAGCAAAUCCGCAAGCUGAGAAGAGAGCUGGAGUCAUCGCAGGAGAAGGUUUCUAACUUAACGACACAGCUCACGUCAAACGCAAACCUGGUGGCCGCCUUUGAGCAAAGUUUGGCACUGAUGACAGCGCGGCUGCAGAGCCUGUCGCUAAGCCACGAACAGAAGGACUCUGAGCUGAUGGAGCUCCGGGAGACCAUUGAUGCUCUGAAGACCAGGAAUGAAGAAGCCCAGGCUGUCAUACACGGAGCCUUAAACAACCCAGAUAACAGCAAAGAUCUGUGUAUCAGACGUCAGAACUCCUGUGAGAGCAUCUCCAGUCUGAACAGUUUGACCAGCAUGUCCAGCGUGGGCAGCUUGAAGGACCAAGAUGCUAAGAAGAAGAAGAAAAAGAGCUGGGUCUUCGAGCUGAGGAGCUCCUUCAACAAAGCAUUCAGCAUUAAGAAAGGCUCCAAAACAUACUCUGACAUUGAGGAAAUUGCCACCCCCGACUCCUCAGCUCCUAACUCUCCCAAGAUGCCUCAUGAAGGGGGAGAAGGAGGAGACGGCAUGCUGCCUUCCCUGAAAACCUCAGCUUCAGCCACCUCCUCUGUGAUCAUGGAAAGUACAGAAGAGGGAGACGGCGAGGAAAGCGCCGUAUCAGAGUUGCGCUCAGAGCUCUGGGUGAAAGAGAGGGAACUGACAGAUAUUCGACUUGAAGCCUUAGACUCUGCACAUCAGCUUGAGCAGCUCCGAGAAGCCAUGAAAAACAUGCAGUCGACGGUGGAGAACCUGAAGGCAGAAAAUGUCAAUUUAAAAACAGGAACCCAGCAUCACCUCCCUGCCUCUGGCCCCACCUCCUCCACAUCCCAGCCUUCAGGCCUGGCGUCCCUCCUGGGGCCCUCUCUGAGGCAGCCAAUGAGCAUGUCCCUCACCAAAUCCUUCAGCCUUAGUCUGAAUGAUUGUAAAGAUCCAGAAGCGUCUCAAGGUGACACGCUAAGCGUGUCUUCUCAGCGUGAAGAAGUGUGUGCACGUCUGCUGGUCCGUAUCGGAGACCAAACAGAGGACAAACAGCAGCAGGAGUACUACCUUGGCUCAGUGCUGAUUAAUGCGAGGACUGACUGGCCUUGUCUGGACUCCCUCAUAGCCGAGACCUUCAAAGAUUAUUUAAGUCAAGUGGACCCGACAGCCAGCUUGGGUCUGACCAGUGACUCCCUGCACAUGUACCAGUUUACCCAGGGCAGGCUGAGGGUGAUUGGGGGGGACAAACCCCAAGGCUCACCUUAUCGAUGUCUUGGCAAUGGUCCCGCUCGUAUUUUUGUCACCUUGAAAGGUCUCCGGGAAAAAUGUGUUGACUCACUGGUGUUUGAGACCCUGAUUCCUAAGCCCAUGAUGCUGCACUAUAUCAGCCUGCUGAUGAAGCACAGGCGCCUUGUUCUGUCUGGGCCCAGCGGGACAGGAAAGACUUACCUAGCUCAGCGUCUGGCCCACUACCUCCUGCAGCGCAGCCGCACUGACUCGACUGAAGCCGGCCACGAGCCCGGUCUCCUGGGUCGCAGCCCUGCUAUCACCUUCAACAUGCACCGUCAAUCACAGAAGGAUCUGCAGUUGUAUCUGUCAGAUCUAGCAAAUCAGAUUGACAGAGAGUGUGGAGGGGAACUUCCCCUGGUCGUUAUCAUCGAUGAUAUUAGCGAUUCAGCGGCCAUCACUGAGCUUGUUAAUGGAGCGCUCACCUGCAAGUAUCACAAAUGUCCGUACAUAAUUGGAACGACCAAUCAACCUGUGAAAAUGACGUCUAACCAUGGGCUGCACCUGAGCUUCAGGAUGGUGAUGUUCUCCAACAACGUAGAACCAGCAAAUGGGUUUCUGCUGAGGUACUUGCACCGUAAAGCUGUAGAGGCUUACCAGGACCAGGAGCAGGACUUGGCACGCCACCAGGAGCUCCUCCAGGUUCUCGACUGGAUCCCUCAGCUCUGGUACCAUCUGCACGCCUUCCUGGAGAAACACAGCACUUCAGACUUCCUCAUAGGUCCCUGCUUUUUCCUGUCAUGCCCAGUGUCAGUGGCAGAGUUCAGGCAGUGGUUCAUUGACUUGUGGAACCACUCGAUCAUACCGUACUUGCAGGAAGGAGCCAAAGAUGGCAUUAAGGUCCAUGGGCAUAAAUCAGUAUGGGAGGAUCCGGUCGAGUGGGUGAGAGGCACCCUCCCCUGGCCCAACGCACAGCAGGAUCAGUCCAGGCUCUUUCACCUACCUCCUCCUAGCAUAGGUCCACUCAGUGAGGAGAAGAAGCCUCCUAAAGACAUACCUCCACCCAGCACACUGGAGUCAGACCCACUGAUGGCCAUGCUGCUGAAGCUCCAGGAGUCGGCCAACUGCAUAGAGUCUCCAGAGAGGGAAGGCAGUCUUGAUCCCACUCUGCAGGCUACACUCUGAGUAGACUGUCGAUAAAGCUAAGGAACUGUCGACUCUACAGCGCGGCUCUCACAAAUGCAGUUCAAAUGAGAAUUUAAAGACUCCAAGAUGAACUUUAAUGUGUGCUCAGUGAGCAGUUACAAAGCUAAUGUAAAGAAUCUACAGAGAGAGGGAGUAGGAGGAUUAUGGACAGUGGACAAUGGGUUUGCUCCUCCCGGAUAUCUGAACAUGGGAAAGAUGAUGAAACCGCUUUGACAGGAAGCUGCGAUGAUCACGGCGGGGAAAGAUGGUGUCUUUUCUCCCUUCUGCUCUCAGCUGGUAUCAGAUGGGCUGUUGUUGAAUCUGCAAGUGCAUGGUGACCAAAAUAGUAUAAAACAAAAUAUUACCUAUAACCCCGUUGAAUAUUUGUUCCCUUUGUUUUGUUUUUUUGUUUUUUACUGCCGCAACCCUCACAACAACUAUUGGUGCUUAUAGGUUUAUUUUGGAGGCACAUGCGUCAUUUCAGGAAUGCAGACUACAGAAAAACAGUCUGAUCACUCCCCAAAAAGUAGGACCAGCACUUGACUACAGCCAAAAUGCACUUUAUUUUUUUACUUGUAAUAAUUGGAUUUUAGGAGGCCGAGUCAGUGACUGUGUAUCAAAUGGGGGGAUCGGCUUGGCCAAAUCAUGCAGUUCACUAGUAAAUCCUCCAGAUGGCAGCAUCUAUUGAUUCCUGCCUCUCUUCUGUUCAUGGUGCGCUUUCAGUCUCACUAAAGGUGCUUGGUAGAACAUAACGCACACUCAAAAACACAACUAUGAAAAAGGCCUUGAAUGUUUUCUUCUUUUCAGUUCUGCUAUUUUGUCAUUUAUCGAAUAAACAGAACUGCGAAGCUGCAAAGAGCAACGUGCAUGAGGUGAAAACUGAAACGAGUGAUGAUUUCAUUUUGGGUUGAGUCUGUAAAGAGAAUGUCAUCAUACGUGGACUCGGUAACCAGUGUUAUGCUGAUAUUAUAACCACAGGAAGUCAAUGUACUGAAUUAUAAACACAGAGAGAGAAAAAAAUUGAAGAAAAAAACCACCCACGACCUGCUUGUUUAUUGAGCACCGUUUCUGGCUAUGCUUGCGUAUACUCUGUAUUUAGAUAUCAGUUUUAAAACACAGACUUCUCUUGUAAUAGCUGACGACACAGCUCUCAAAGUCUUGAUUUUGUAGGAUUUUUUGUACCGAGUCAUCUUCAGUGAUCGCCCGUAUGCCGACGUUUAUCACCCGUGUCAUCAUCCCUGAAGCAGAAGCAGAAAACUUUAGCAAAAAAUAGCCAUAACAUUUUCCUUCCUCUUUCCUUUACUUCCAUCUUUUGAUUAAAACGUGACUUUCUGCUAAUUGUCAGUUUCCUUUUCUCACAUGGUUUGAGUUACCGUCAGAAAAGACUGAUUAAUAUUUAAAUGUGACUUCCUCCCGUUUUGUUUCUUCAUUGGUUUGCACAUGAAAUAUGCUAGAGGUAGUAGAUGACAGUAUUUAUUGCUCACAUCUUGACUGUUAACUGAGAUAAAGUGAGAAAGUAUAAAGAGCGGUGUAAGAGGAGGGAACUGUAGGUUGCUGGGAUACUCUUAAACCCCUUAGCUUGACCCUGAAGUACCUCAGACUGCCAUACUCUGCCCACAUGUUCCUCUACUGCUGUAAAGUAGAGGCACGAUGCCUAAGUCUAUCUGUGCCUGAAACACAAUUUGGCCUAAAAAGCUGCUUUGAUCUACCACACAGAGGCCUCGAUCUAGAGGGAACAUAACUAGUUCCACUGACCUACUCUGAUGUCACUUCCAUGUCAUCACUUUAAUGCCCAAAUUUGGGUUUCGAGUGGGUUAUCGAUAUAUUUGGAGCCUUUGACAGGCAGUUAUGUGAUAAGCUGUAAGUUAAGAUGAUGUGUGUGUCAGUAAACUGCAGUUAAUGCGAAUGUGUAUCAUGACUAGGCUGCUUUGCACGAUUUGACACCAUCUUCAACUUAAGCUUGAAGGUCUUGUCGUCAUUGGGGAGUUGCCUGAGAAAUGGGAAGCUGCGUGAGAACAGAUGCAAGCCUAGAGAUGUGAUGUUGAUGCAUGUAUCCCUGGUGUAUUCCCAAAGUUUCCUUUCAUUGGACCUACCGCACUUAAACCUUAUCACGGGAGGGAUUUUUAAAUAACUGGAUAUCUUCCUCUUUUUCACAUUGUUUUUAAGAGCAGACGUGGGGGUUUUUGUGUUUUUUCUUAUGCAAAUAUUUGUAAAGAUGUUUUGUUUUUCCUCUUUUGUACAUUACAUCACUAUUGUAAACACUGUAAAUAGUCACUGCGUCUGCGACAACAAUCACUUAAGGGAUCUAAGAGAAAGUUGGGCCCGCGUAUGCAGAAAAUGAGCGUCCUCUGUGGUUGUAUUGUCUUCCUCCAGCAGGAAGGAGCACUUGGCUUAAAAGUGGGCUCGGUAAAGGUUGUAUGGCAUGUCUCUAUAACCACAUUAAAUCCCAUAUGUCUAACAUUGAGCAGUUGUUACAAUAAAGUCAUGCCAUUCAUCACAUCA